CUUAGUAAUCAGUUACCCCAUACAGAAUACAGGACACGGGACAGUUACCCCACACAGAAUACAGGACACGGGACAGUUACCCCACACAGAAUACAGGACACGGGACAGUUGCCCCACACAGAAUACAGGACACGGGACAGUUACCCCACACAGAAUACAGGACACAGUCACAGAGCAUACUAUGGAUACAGUACACGUGAGAGUGACAGAGCGUACUAUGGAUACAGUACACGUGCGAGUCACAGAGCAUACUAUGGAUACAAUACACGUGAGAGUGACAGGACAUACUAUGGAUACAGUACACGUGAGAGUCGCGGGACAUACUAUGGAUACAGUACACGUGAGAAUCACAGAGCAUACUAUGGAUACACUAAACGUGAGAGUCGCAGGACAUACUAUGGAUACACUACACGUGAGAGUCACAGAGCACACUAUGGAUACAGUACACGUGAGAGUCGCGGGACAUACUAUGGAUGCAAUACACGUGAGAGUCACAGAGCACACUAUGGAUACAGUACACGUGAGAGUCGCGGGACAUACUAUGGAUGCAAUACACGUGAGAGUCACAGAGCACACUAUGGAUACAGUACACGUGAGAGUCGCGGGACAUACUAUGGAUGCAAUACACGUGAGAGUCACAGAGCACACUAUGGAUACAGUACACGUGAGAGUCGCGGGACAUACUAUGGAUACAAUACACGUGAGAAUCACAGAGCACACUAUGGAUACACUAAACGUGAGAGUCGCGGGACAUACUAUGGAUGCAAUACACGUGAGAGUCGCGGGACAUACUAUGGACACAGUACACGUGAGAGUCGCGGGACAUACUAUGGAUGCAAUACACGUGAGAGUGACAGGACAUACUAUGGAUGCAAUACACGUGAGAGUCACAGAGCACACUAUGGAUACAGUACACGUGAGAGUCGCAGGACAUACUAAAGAUACACUACACGUGAGAAUCACAGAGCAUACUAUGGAUACACUAAACGUGAGAGUCGCAGGA